GACGGACAGAGGAAAAGACCGGCCGAAAAACGUUUGUCUAGUCCACACUGUCCCUUCACUUUCGCAUCUCCCAGAUCUUGAGCAUCUACGAACCUUUUUCCCUGUCAUUGUGCGGUUUCGUUUUCGUACACAUUCUCUCUUUCUUUUAUUAGGGCAAUAUCUGUUGGUGUAGUGGCGGAGCUAUGUCGCGUAUCGCUGCCAAGCAGGUGCACCGUCAGGAGGCGCUGCAGCCCCGCCUGGCCCUUCCAGCCGGCCGCACCGUCUCUCUCGAGGAAGGCCGUCGACUAGCGAAACUUGUCAACGACGAAGAAGACCGGCUGCAGUCGGAGGCCACGCAGCUGCUCGAGCGGAAGGAAUCGAAUGCGGUGGUACUCGAGGAAAGCGUCUCGAAGCGCAUCCUGUUACUCCGCCAGAAGCAAAAUAAGAAAGCAAAUGUGAAGGCAGCGGUGGCAUACGCCAACCGUCUUCGGAGCAAAUCAGCGGUGCAGGAGGAGGACGGCGUGAAGAUACGCGAUGCCGCAGCGCGGGUGUUGCGUCGUGCAUCCCACGAAGGCUCCGUGCUGAAGCAGCGCCGCCAACGUGCGGAGCAGUCAAGGAAGCAGAAGAAACGCAGCGGCAAACACUAG